AUGGGAUCUCCGUCCUCCUUUUCUUCAAGACAUAAUACUUGGGAGCCGGAGAAGAACAUUUUGGACAAAUCGCUUAUCGAAAAUUAUCAGAGAGCAGAGUCUAGGAAACGCAAGGCAAAUGCAUCUGCAAGUAGUAGACCUCAGAGUCCAUCCACAGACAAUAAAAGGGCGAAGGGUGCUGGUGACAGUGCACCAGAUAACGCCGGAUUAAGUGAACCGCUAACGGUUAACGUCUCAGCGGCCAAGAAUUCUCUUCCAGCUGCUCAUUCUGGAUCUAGUUCCGUAGGCGCUACUACUGCCUCUUCUGUUGGAUCUCCUCGUAAUUCCACUUUUGAUAAUGUCAACACCAGCAACGAUGUCUGUGAAUGGAGAAUGGAUAGUCGAUUACGACCAACAACUCUACUGGUUACAGCAGCUUCUGCUUCAGCUGCAAAUACGAGGAUGGCUGCAAAGGCUCCUUCUUCAGACCAUGGAAGCCGAACCAGCAUGUCGCCUCAGUUUCCACCAACCCCGGUUGAACAACCUCGAAUUCGACUAAAGAUUCCACGCGAACGUAUUCUUUCAAUUCGUCCAACUGGUGAAGAAGAGGAAGAUGAUGAAGAAGAUGGGGAUGAAGAAGAAGAUGAUGAAGCGAGUGAUGACAGCCGCUCAUCCAGCAGUGAUUCUGUUGGUGAAGAAAUUGAGCUUCCACGUCGGGAAAGGCUAUCAGCAAAUGAGCCUGAAUUCAUUGUCAUUCCAAAGCAAUUGGAUGUUCCCACAAUAAAACCAUUCUCUUCAGAAUCAAUAAUUCAUCCCCCUAUAGGCUUGAAGCUUCAAUCGAAACGAUUCAGCGGGGACUGUGAUAAGAAUUCUGUGGCGAAUAAGAAGUCCAAAGAAAAGAAGAGGCAUAAUGAGGAACGCCGCCUUUCUUCUUCCUCCUCUCCUGGAAGUGGGAGCAGCCCUCGACGGCUGGCUCCUCUUCGCAUUCACCUGUCUCGAAACGGAACUUCUGCGGCCUUUUUAGCUACACCUCUCUCAGUUACAUCCUAUUCUUCGCCUUCAGCUUCCACUAUUGUGUUACCUCCUCCACCACCACCGGAAAGGGACAUCUCAAUCACUGAUGUAACGGUUGGAGGGCUAACAGUAACCAUAAAGGAGUGUUCCACGCCGAAAAACUUCUUUGGAAUUCCAACCUCACAGGUUGUUGCGAGCUCAAGACCUCCAUUGGCCCCUCGUCCGAUUGUAGAGAAGCUUGAGACCGUAGUUGCUAAGCCUCCUGCUUCUAAACCACCCGCAGAGGUACCAAUGGACGAAAACAGUGAACCGCAGGCAAUAGAUGUUGUGGAGCAACCUCAUAAAGUCAGUGAGGCACCAGAACCUUCUCCUCCUUUGGUACCGUCAUCUACACUGCCGCCGCCACCGCCGCCUCCUCCUUCGCCUCCUCCUCCCUCUCCUCCUCUUCUUCCUCGCUCUCCUCUCCCCACCUCUUCUUCCCCUCCUCCUCCUCCUCCUCCUCUUCCCCCUCCCCCUCCACCGCCACUCCCACCUCCACCUUCUAGUUCGUCUCCAAAGGCUCCGAUAAAAAAGAUUGGUCGUCGAAAUGCCUCGUCACGAAAGUCUUCCAAUCCAGUGAAGAAGGUGUGUGGCCUUGCCGACACAAUCCCUCCAACAAACAGGAGCAUUGAUGACAGUGUCUAUGCCUUUCAUGGCGAUGAUUCUCCCCCUCCUCCGUCCCCACCACCAAAAGCUGUGACGGAACCCACUCAGGUAUCACCUCUGCCACCGCCACCACCGGAACCAGCGAAGUUACCUCCUCCUCCUCCUCUACUUCAAAUUCCAACUCUGCCACCUAUGGCAUCGCCUUGGGAGACAUACUUCAAGGCAAUUGGCCUCUUCCCUCAAACGGAGCUUUUGAGUCCACCACCACCCUUGUUAACUAUGCCGUCGACAGGGGGAAUGUAUCCGAACCCUUUUGUGCCUCCAUCCACUCAUUUGCAACACCUCCCACCGCCUCAACUACUUGCUGUGCCUCCAGGCAGUGCGAUCAUGGACGAGAUGCAACCAAUUGAUUUAUCGAUGAGCUCUAGACGCUGA